GGAGGACCCGAGCAACUGACAACAGGGGGUGGGGGAAGCCGGGGUAACUAGUAACAGAAUCAUAGGGGAAAUGUCGCUCGUUUGGCUUCAGGUUGGACAAUGCGGGAAUCAGGUCGGCCAAGAGUGGUGGGAGCUGCUGAGCGGCGGAGCUAGUGAAGCGGACAGGUAUCCGUACGUCUCCCGUAACGGCAUCGCCAACGCCAUCUGCGUGGACAGCGAGCCCAAGGUGGUGCGGAGGGUGCAGAGACUGGCAAAGAACGUCUCUUUCAGAGACUCCAACCUGAUUGUGGGACGGACAGGAAGAGGAAAUAACUGGGCCUACGGAUACAGCGGGGUUUGCGUGCCCCCUGAGGAGAGCCUGCUGGACAGGGCGAUGGAGAGCUUCCGACGGGAGGUGGAGCGGCGGGACUGUUAUAGCGGCACGGUUCUCCUCCACAGUCUGUGUGGCGGCACCGGCUCAGGUCUGGGCUCCCGACUGUGCGAGGAGAUCAGAGACGCGUACCCCGCGGGCCACAUACUGUCUGUAACGGUGGCCCCGCACGACACGGGGGAGACGCCGCUUCAGCAUUACAACUCCCUGCUGAGUCUGGCCUGGCUGCAGAGGUACGUGGACGGUGUCCUCCUCUUCCAGAACGAUGAUGUCAUGCGCCAAGCAACAGCGCUAUCUGAAAAGAAGACACAGACUGUAUCGGGGGUCCAGCCGGCAGUGUCCCUCUCCGCCAUGAACAGCCACAUCGCCUCCUGCCUGGCAGGGCUUCUCUGUCCUGUACAAACACUCCGAACCCAAAGCUCGGUGAGCCUCGGCAUGGAGCCGUGGGAGCUGAUCAGAUCUCUGUGUCCGAUGCCGGCGCUGAAGUUUCUCCACACUGCCCAGGUGUGCAGGAGGGGGACAGCGUUUUGGGACAGAGUAACCUCCUCGCUACUGCAGACCAUACCUCGGGUGUCUCCUGAUGGCCGACUCCAUCACAGUCUGUCUGCCCUUGCGGUGGUGCGCAGCUCCCAGAGUCACUCCUUCCUCGCCUCGCAGGACGCGGUGCUGGGGAAGCUCAAGCAGACGUACCGCUGCGUCCCCUGGAAUCCCUCGCCUGUGGAUUGCUGGAUUGACACUCAGAACGUCCUGGACCCGGCGUGUCGCAGCCACUCGCUGACCGUGAGCGCCAACCACUCCAGUGCUGCCGAUCUGAUGAUCCGCGUGACGCGGCGGGCGCAGGCGAUGUACUCGGCCCGCGCCUAUCUGCACUGGUACCGGCGCUACGGCGGCGAGGACGAGGACUUCACCGCGGCAUUUCACACGCUCCAUUCUGUAAUAGAGGAAUACCACCAGCUGGGGCAAGCGUGACCACUGACACGGGGGGGGGCGGGCUGUCUCGCACUAAUACCCCAGCCUGGGGGGAGGCUCCUGCUAUCGGUCUUUAAUAUCCAAGAAAACUUGAAACUAAAUAUUUAUAUUUUUUUAUACUUUAUUAGAUCUUUUAUCAAAAAACGGGGCUCCGCGUGAGCCGAUUAUUUUUGUACGUUAAAUUUAUUAUGGAUAAUCUUGCUUUUGGUAAAUUUAAACUUGUGUGUUUUUAUGUAGUUUUUCUUAUUAUGGGACCAAAGAAUGAAGCAAAUAACCUACUGCGAGAUAAAUCUGCACUUAAAGUGCAUGCGCGGGGGGCUCGUAUACACCGUCUCCUAAAUACCGCCGAGCAAAUUCUACCAAAUCCAAAGAUACCCAGUACUGCCGUUGGCACGGCGACCAUUGAUCCACGCGAGAAUCCCUACAUCGGCAAAAUGUUUGCACGAGAAUUCUGUUCCCAUGGAAACAUCGCUUCCAAUGAUGGGGCUUCCAUAACUUAUUAAAUCCAUGAACAAAA